AUGCUUGGGGGGGCCCCCCGUAGGAACACGUCGGGGCCCCGAACUGUUGCUGAUUUAUUGGAGGGUGUACAGCUAUCAACAGCAGCAACAGCAGCAGGAGCAGCAGGUACAGCAGCAGCAGCAGCAGCAGCAUCUACAGGAUCAACUCUUGGUAUACCUCAUGUCCCUGAUUCUCCAUCUGCUGCUGCAGCUGCAGCUGCAGCAGCAGCAGCAGCAGCAGAUGUUGAUUCAUUAGGUUGUUCCUUAGCAAUACCUCCAUUAUCUCCAUUAGGUCCUCCACCUUUGUUGUUGCAGCAUCAGCAUCAGCUGCAGCAACUGCAGCAGCAACUGCAGCAGCAGCAGCAGCAGCAGCAGCAGCAGCAGGGUCCAAUAAGACGACUUAUGAUAGAAAAAGUUGUCUUGGAGAAUUUUAAAAGUUAUAGUGGUAAAAGAGUCAUUGGACCCUUCCAUAAGAGAUUUACAGCAGUAGUAGGACCAAAUGGAUCAGGGAAAAGUAAUUUAAUAGAUGCAAUGUUAUUUGUCUUUGGUAAAAAAGCUCAGCAAAUAAGACUACGUAAGGCUACAGAACUUAUACAUAAUUCUGCUUCUGCUUCUGCUGCUGCUGCUGCUGCUGCUGCUGCAGCAGCAGCAGCAGAAGCAGCAGCAGCAGAUACAGAAGGAGGAACAAGACCAAGAAAAAAACAUGCAACACAAGCAGCAGCAGCAGCAGCAGAUGGACAGCAGCAAGACACAGAACAACAUCUUAUACAAAGCGCAAGUGUCUCCGUCUUCUUCCAAGAGAUUAUUGAUCCAGAUCCAGAGAAGGAGGAGUAUGAGGUAAUAGAAUCAUCAAAGUUUGUAAUAAAGCGUGAGAUACGUCGUGACCCCCCAAGCAGCAGCAGCAGCAGCAAGAGCAGCAGCAGCAGCAGCAGCAGCAGCGGAGGAGGAGGAACAAGUACAUUUUAUAUAAAUAAUAAGAAGUGUCUCCUUCGUGAUAUAAUUUGUCUCCUUAGAUCUAAGGGUAUUAAUCCCCUUAAUAAUAGAUUCCUUAUACUACAAGGAGAAGUUGAGCAUAUUGCUAUGAUGCCCCCUAAAGGAAAUAAGCCAGAGGAGACAGGUUUAUUGGAGUAUCUAGAGGAUUUAAUAGGUACAAAUGUAUUUGCUGAGCCAAUAGAGAAAGCCCUUCAUUACUUUGAAGAUCAAUGCCAAAUCUACCAAGAAAAAGCAAAUAGACUACGUUGUGCUGCUGCUGAGCUAAAAAGACUGCAGGGGCCCCGCGAGGAGGCCCUCAUGGCUCUUAAGGCUAAUAGGGAUGCAGCAGCAGCAAAACUUAUUCUUGCUGCUAUUCAUAGAAGGAUGGAGGCAGAAGCAGGGACACAGGCAGAGGAACUAAAAUCCGUCGAAUCCGCACGAGCUAAAAAAUUGGUGGUAAAAGAUGAAGAAUUAAGGGCAGAGGUAGGAGGGGAGGUGUCGCGUCUGCAGAAGAAGGAGCAGCAAGUGCAGCAAUUAGAGGAGAAGCAGCAGCAGCAGCAGCAGCAACUGCAGCAACUUGAGCAACAAAUGCAACAAAGAGAUGCAGCAGAAGAAGCAAAACAAAUACAAAAAGCAGAAGAAGAUGUUGAGCAAGCAAAAGAAGCUGUUGAACAAUAUCAACAAUCCAUCAAAGGAGAGAUACAGGAGUUAUCUAGUGCGCAUGCAGAAGCAGAGAAGGUGCUGCUGCAGCAGCAGCAGCAGCUGGAUAGACACCUAACAGCAGCAGCAAAAACAACAUCGGCAUUAGAGAUACUAGAGCGUAAAAGGAGACAAAUAAAAGAGAGACAGCAGCAAGCAGAGGAGGAAUUAAAAAAAUGCAAAGAUUUAGAUAUAUCUAAUGCUGCUGCACUGCAGCAGCAGCAGCAGCAAGCUGCAGCAGCAGCAGCAGAUCUUGCUACACUCCAGCAACAAAAAAAAGAUGUUGAACAUGCACUCGCACAAUUUGAACAACAACUCUUCACCUCUAAGGGACUUCUUAAAGGAACAGAGAUGGAGAGACAGGAGAAGCGCUGCACAAAUCGUUUAGUGUCUCUUAUUGAGGAACAAAAAAGAGAAGGAAAAUUAAAGGGUCUCUUUGAUCGUUUAGGACAAUUAGGCUGUAUAGAUAAAAAGUAUGAAAAGGCUUUCUUAGCUGCUUCUGGUGGUUUUAGUGCUUUCUUUGUUGUUGAGGAUCCAACAGAUGCAACAGAAUUAUUUACUUUAUUAAGAACUCAUGAUUUAGGAAGAUGUAAUGUAUUAGCUCUUCGUGUCCUUGAGAAGGAUUUACGUAAUCGUAUGGAGGAGGCAGAUGCAGAAGCAAUGAGGUGUACAUACACCUCAGCCCCAAGAUUAAUUGAUUUAAUUUCCUUCUCUUUUCCUCGCAUGCGUAUUGCUUUCUUUAAGGCUGUUGGAUCUACAAGAGUAGCAAAAGAUAUAGAGGAAGCUUCUUUUCUUGCAUAUAAUAAAAAACAAAGAGUGGUAACCCUUGAUGGGGGUUUAAUAGAAGUUGAUGGACGAAUGGUUGGCGGGGGUUUAGGAGGAGGGAACUGCAGCAUAAGAACGGAGGGUUUUGCUGCAGCAGGAGUAGGAGCAAAGACAGAGGCAGAGUAUCAGCAGCAGCAGCAGCAGCAGCAGCAGCAAGUGCAACAAUUGCAGCAAACCAUUAAACAAUUACAAAAUAAUAUUGCUGAACAUAAAAAAAGACGAGAAGAAAUGAUUGCUAAUGAGAGACACCUCGAGAGACAAAAGGCAGAAGCAGAAUCUGCUGUUGAAUUGUUGCAGCAAGAUAUUGCUGCAGCUAAGCUACAGAAGAGGGAGUUGGAGAUGCGUGUAAAGAGAACAAAGGCAGAAGAUUUAACUGCUGAGGAAAAGGAAAGACUAUCUAAGUUACAGGCAGAGGUAUCGUCUAUGAGUGCUGCUCAGGUGUCUAUACACUCCAAGGUGCAGAAGCAAGAGCAGCAAGUGCAGCAGCUAAUGCAGCAACUACAGAAUGCAGGAGGAGAAGAAAUGAAGAAAAGAAGAGCACAACUUCUUAAGGCAGAAAGAGCAUUAAGUAUAUUAAAAGAAAAAGGAAUAAAACAACAGAAUGAAUUAGCAACAAAGAAGGCAGAAAUACAAAGAAUAAAUAAAGAUCUAAUUAGACUACAAAGAGAAAUUAAAUCCCAUCAGUUGGAUACCCAACACUUAUAUGAUUCAUUAAAGCAGCAGCUGCAGCAGCAAGAGCAGCAGCAGCAGCAGCAGCAGCGGCAUCUAACUGCUGCUAUGAGUAGCUUAAUGGAGAUUGAUGCAACAAUAAGAAGCGAGGAAGAAGAAACAAAUCAGACAGAGCAGCAGCAGCAGCAGCAGCAGCAGCAGCAGCAAGAGCAGCAGCAGCAGCAGCAGGGGGAGGUGCUAGCUCUAGCAGAUGGUUCAAUGGAAGAGGAUGGAGACCCACAGCAACAACAGCAACAGCAGCAGCAGCAGCAACAACAACAACAGCAGCAGCAGCAGCAGCAGCAGCAGCAGCAGCAGCAAGAGUUUAGUAAGGAAGAAAGAGAAUUGCUGCAGCGUUUAUCAAUAGAUAUAAGAGAAGAAAGUUUAUGUCUAUACAGUACAGAGGAGAUAAAUAAGCUGCAGCAGCAGCAGCAGCAGCAACAGCAGCAAGAGCAACAACAAGAGCAGCAAGGUUCAUUGCAUGCAUUACAUAUAUAUAAACAAAAAAAAAAAGAAACAGCAGCAAAAGAAGCAGAAGCAAGAGCAGCAGCAGCAGCAAGAGAAGCAGCAAAAAUACAAUUAGAACAAUUGAGGUGUACACGCAGACAUUCUUUCUUGCAUGCAUUCAAUAUUAUAUCCAAUAAACUUAAAGAAACUUAUAGAAUGCUAAGCCAAGGAGGAGACGCAGAGCUGGAGUUGGUCGAUCCCACCGAUCCCUUCUCUGAAGGAAUUCUUCUCUCUGUUCGUCCCCCCAAAAAAAGCUGGAGACAGAUACAAAAUUUAUCUGAUGAGAUAGAUGCAGCAUUAGAUUAUAAGAAUGUUAAUAUAUUAGGGUUUUAUAUAAAAAAACAAACAAUUAAUACACAAUUUAUUAUUAUUUCUCUAAGAAAUCAACUCUUUGAGCUUGCUCAUAGACUCGUUGGUAUUUAUAAAACAUUUGAUGCAACAAAGUCUGUUACAUUAGAUCCUUCUCUUCUGCAAGAAAAAGAGAAUGAGGAAGAAGACCAGCAGCAGCAGCAGCAGCAGCAGCAGCAGCAAAAUAAUAAACAGCAGCAGCAGCAACAGCAGCAAAUGCUGCAGCUAACAAUGGGGCCAGAAGCUAUUGCUUCUGUUGGGCCAUAA